AAAGCACUUGAGCCAAAAUUACUUCACCUUCAGUUCACCCACGUGAUAAGUUGGAAUAAAAAAAAGAAAGAAAAAUUGACGGCGGGAAAAAGGAGAAAGUUGUUGUACCUGCAACGAGUCGCCCACAUUAAUGAAAAAACAAUUCCGAUCCGGCGGUACGGAGACCCACUCGCCGUCCCUCCCCACGAUUUGGAGCCCGCCGGCGUCGUUGGACCUCAGAACCGAUAUUAUCUGCGGGUCGGUGUGCGCCCCGAACCCAAUCGGGUCGGACUCUCCAGCACCGUUGCACGGCGGAUACCGGUUCAGCCGGAAAACCGAGUCGCUCUCCUCGUCCUUGAGCAGCUUGCUGAAAGCCUCCCUCGGCUGGACUUUCAACCCGUCGGCCAACACCUCCAGAAUCUCGCACGCCAUCUUCUUCACCGCCGACAGAUAAUCGUCCACCGCACGCCGGAAUCCGUCGGCGGCGGCUCCGCCGAAAACGGAGGCGAACUUCCGGUAGUCGGAAUCGGCGUCGGCGGUCAUGAGGAGGUACUCGACCCGGCCGACGUCGCCGUUGCAGCCGAUGCUCCUGUUCCCGUAGCCGAACGGGCCGGGCCGGGGCGGGCCCACCUUGUCCUUGGCCGAGCGGGGGAGAAGAAGCGGACGGCCUCCGACUCGAGCCGCUCGAUAAGCUCCGGCGGGACGCCGUGGUUGACGACCUUGAAGAAGCCGAGAUCCUCGCAGGCCUCGACGAGCCGCAACAUGGAGCUGUCGGGCUCUGAUAGGUCGAUUGUCGGGAACUGUUCCAUUGGAUUGCGAAUGGGAGAGUGUGAGCUGGAGGAGCUUGUAGAAGGUAGCCCAGGUAUAUAUAAAGAUAUGGGGUCUCAACAAGAGGUGUUUGCCUAUUUAUGGGGUGGUAUUGGGAAAGGAAGGGAGACGUGGGGUGCUAUUUGCAAUUUUUAUAUUUUAUAUUUCGCGGUAAGCAUCAACGGUGGACCUCGAGAUGUCCAAUGUGAACGAAACGAUGGAUCGGGA